AUGGAGUGCAAUUCUAAUGAGAAGCCCCUGCAUCGAAAUCAAAACCAAACCUCUUCCAAUUAUAAUCUAAUCAACAAUAACAGUAGUUUCGAGAAAGGUGAUAAACUAAGACGAAAUAAAGAUACAAGCCUGAUAAAAAAUAACAAUAACACUCAGAAACCUAAGGAAACUUUGAUGCCUUUCCAAAAAGGAAACAUCUUCAAGAAAAUUUUGGGGGCCGUUGAGAGCAACGAAGAAACGACGCACAAGAAUAAAUCUUCCAGAAAUGCUUAUGACCGACCGAACAAAAACGAAGGAUCCAGAACAGACUCCAGUAUCUCGGUCUCUGGCAAUACGUCGCAGUGCAGCUCAAAUGAAAAUGUUAUUCCUGUGGCUUGCCGUCUUGGCAAAACCAAAGCAAAAAGUGAAACGACAACCUCAAAUUUUGAGAACAAUCAAUGUUGCAAAGAUGCGAGUAACGAACGCAGCAUGAAUACAUGUGAUGAAAUGGGAGAUGAAAAGGAGGGAUCCCGCAGUAUUUCAAUUGUGAAACAUAGAGACGAGCUUAAAAGCUAUGAAGAGAAGGGGAAAAGCAGCGAACCAACAAGUCAGGAUGCGCAGAAAUUUGACGGAAAGAAGAAAAUGCACAACGUAGGGAACACUGAACAACAUCGAGCCAUGAACGCAGGAACAGACGUUGAGAAAACAAGUUCUUGUAAUCAAAAAACCUGCAAGUCAGAAAUGAACAAUUACUAUGCUGAUAAAAGCUUGGAAGGAAAUAAGGACCAGAAGGUAAUUAUUGACGUUGAAAGAGAAAAAUCGACAAGAAAUGAAACGAAAAACUUGGAUGCAGGCAAUACCUUGAAUGCGGACGUCUCAGACACUCGAGAUUUGCUGAGUAUUUCUUUAUGUGGAUCUAACCUGAUAAAGAGCGACGAGUUACAGAACAAUUACUUGACAAGUUACAUUGGUUUUCCUCCUCUGGAUUACCCGACCGCCCUGCUUCCCACCUCUGGGAAGUUAUUCGAUGAUUACUUCGGGCUGUCUUCGGAUAGUUCGCUGUCAAGAAGCGGUGAAAUAAUCAUGCCAUUCACCCCCCAAAAUUUGGAGGAAGAGCUCAUGUACCCUGACACAUACACUCAAGGGUCAAAAAUAAUCCAGAACUGGAACGCUCGCGAACAAGAUUUCUUCCUGGGCGCACCCAACCGGAAACCCAAAUCUAAUCAGCGUCCGUUGUCUGCGGAAGGUAACGAGCUGACAAGAAAUGAUCGUCGGCCAUGCGGUGAGGGAAAUCAGAGCGAGAUAUGGACGGCAACUGCUCCUCAAUUCCACAGUUAUAAUAGAAAUGAUGAUAUUGACGAAAAUAUCUCUGGGAACAAACUAAACGGAGAUGUUUGUCGUAUUUCUACGAAUAAAACUGAUGCAGUUCUCGCAAAACCCUCUUCAAGAGAUUUAAAACAUCUCCGUUCGAUGCCCGUUAACUAUACGGAGAAGAGAUACAGCUUGCCUUCCUUGACUGAGUUCGAUAAUUUUGACCGUGACGAAUACGUAACAUUCAAGCAGCGUCUAAUGGGAGCUAAGCAAGAAAUUCCUCGGUGCCUGCGACUCAAUCCAUUCGAACCUUGGGAUGAGAGCCUAUUUGACUCACAGCCGCCGGUAUUCAACGAGAAGUUAGAUGCUAACCGAGGUUUGACAAGCUCCAAUGAGCGUGAUUUUGAAGAUAACGUUUUGCGCUCUUCAACUCAAAAACAAGCCCAUGAUUCUCAAGGAACUAAUUCCGACAAAUUAUCAGACAUCGAGACAAAGUUUACCUCAUCAAAGAAGACACAGAAAAAGAAAAAAGAAAAAGAAAAUGAAAUUGGAAAACCAAGCGCCGAAUCGGAAACUAUCGAAGGAAACUCGUCAUUUAAUAACAUGGCUAAAAAAACCAUCACCAGCAAUGGAGUCACUCUGAGUAAAGUACGGUCACAUGGAGGCUUCGUUGCUACUGGGCUUACAGGAAUACCAAUAAACGGUUCAGAUGCAGAAGGUGAGGAUGCCCUGAAUUUGGAAGUGGGAGAGAGUAAUAAAGUUUUAGGAGGAAUCGAAAGUUGGCACGAGCCCAAGAAAGAUGCAAACACAGUCACGAAAAGACAUUCGUCUUCGGGGGGCAGUAUCACCCAGGCUGUCAGCGACCUCCAAACGAAAGGAGCCUUCGGAGAAAUAACGCAGGAAUUUAACACACAGACAAAUGGCUCAGAAUAUAAAGAGAUAAGGAUCGACAGCUCUUCUUCUAGGUCUUCUUUGAAUGAAGAGUGGUCUGACUCAGACCCAGUCAAGAACUGUGAUGACUUCCAUGCGCAUGCAAGUCACCCCAAUAAAAAAGUCGGCGUAAAAGCCGCAGACGCGCAAAAUAAGACAACAAAACAAAUUUUGCCAGGCCAAAAAGAUGACCAUUUUACGAAAGAUAAUGAAAACAAACGAAGUUCGGGUGAGAUCGGUACGAAAAUUGAUUACUGCGAAGCUCAGAUAGAGACAGAUCACGAAACUGAAUCGCGAACUGUCAGUAAGCGUUUUGAAUACAAAGGAGACACUCCGCGCCCUGACGCUUAUGCUGAUUCACCCCAAGAAGUUCCACAUUUUGCCGUCAUAGAAUCUUAUUGUUCGUCCCCAAAUAUAGGUUCCAAGGAUAUCGCGAAGGAAACAGUAAGAGAGUUUCCAAGUACAGUCGAAAAAAAAUUGUCGAACAACAACAAAAAUUAUGAACGAAAUCUCGAAAAUGAAUCUCCUGGUUUAAUUAUUCUUGAAAAUCCAGCGUCAAUGGAAAACUUUUCGCCUAUACAGAGAAGAGCUUUUUCUCAGGAAAUCAUUAAAGGCCUCAGGGAAGGACAGUUGACUAGAAAUCUCUUGGAAAGAAAGUGUUUUUUGGGAGCCAGUGAGGAAUUGCUGCGAGAGAAAACUAUGUAUUUGAAAAAGAAAGCCGAGAAAAGACAAGAACGGAAUAAAAACGAUCCCAACGAUGCUAGUUCAGAUGAUGAUUCGUACCGCCAAUCGGAAUUUCAAGACAUUUCUUCAAAGGGGCUACCGAGCAACACGUCACACUACGAUGACACGAAAUCAACGGGCAAUGAACCAAAGCUUGAAAUUUCUGACGUAAUUAUUGACAAUAAUUUCGAAACCACAGACGAAUAUUCCCGAGAAAAAAAUAUUAAUUAUUUACAAAGACAGAAUCGCGAAGUAACAUCGUUGUCCGGCACCAGGUUCUCCCAAGCAUCUUGCAACAACGAAAUUAACGACUUUCCAGACCUCCGUAGCGGACUAGAUGUUAGGGUUGCAUCUGCACUAGAAGCAGACAAAUUGUUCAUUGACACAGAGGGAGCUAAAAAGCACGACGUUACGCGGGACAAUUUUCAUGAGCAAGCCGAGAAUAAAGGUUCCCUAACUGGAAAGAAAAUGAGUGUGCCUGAACUGACCGUUGAUUAUUGUAGGAGAGGUCGAAGAGAGAGCAGCGCAACGGCAAAAAAAUAUAAUCCUCACCAUCACUGUCCAUCAAUAGAAUUAAAUCGCUCAUCAAAAGCGAGUGAUAGAAAAAGCUCGAAAGCCAAUAAUUCAAUACAAAAAACAACAACGGCUAAACUUGAGCCAGGUACUUCUCGUAGUAACGCUGCACUUAUAACUUCUCCAAGGCAUAUGAGAAUGAACGAUCAGCCUGUCGAGAAAUUUGAAAGCUACGCGACGAAUGACAAAAACACGAACUUGACUAGAAACAAAGAUUUGAAUUGCAGAAGACCAAGUGAAGCACAUCUUAACGCUAACUUUCCAGACUCGAGAAGUCGCAGUAAAAGUCCGAUGAUGAUGAACAGCAUUCCAAGGAAUCAUGAGAGGCGUUUCUCUGAAGGGAGCGCAACAAGAAACCCCAACAAGAGCCCUGUGUUCCCAAUCCCCAAGCCCUCGGAUUCCAGAAGAUACUCGUCAUUUGGCUUGGAUGCUCAUAAGAAUCAAAUCCAGCAUUCAAGAAGGCUCUCUAGGGAGCGUUCAUCAGGACGUAUUUACCCUCAACAAAACACAUUUGCGUCGGAGCUUCAAGAGUCCCAACAGGGGAGCAAAUUGUGUACGUCAGAGCAGUACACUCUUGCAGCCCCGCAUCCUUCAGGGGCGAGGAAAAAGACAGCUGAUGCCUUGCGAAGUGCCGAUUCAAAAUCGUCCUUGAAUCGCUGUCAUCGUCACAGUUAUUCAUCAUCAUCGUCUGAAUCGACGAGCGACUCCGAUUCUUCGUCAGAUGACGAUUCUUCUACAGAUUCGUCGUCAGAUUCGUCCUCAGCCUUGGAAGAUUUAGCACAUCUUUCUUUGUAUUCGUAAUUUAAUAAGUUGCAGUAUUAGAAAUAGUAAGAAUAUUAUCAAACGAUUUGAACUCUUAAAAUAAGGAUUUAAUUUCCAUUCUGAUGUAAAUAACAUUAUAAAACGACUUAUCCUUGACAUGAAACGAGAAGCAAUAAAAACAAAUAAAAUAGAGAGGAAAACGAAGAAAGGUUUAUGAAGCGUCCUUGCAAUGCAGAGGAAAAGUUGAAAAAUUGACGAUGAACUUGACUUAUUCAGAUUUAACUGAUGUUUAAUUUUUUGUUCUAAGUAGUGAUUGUUUACGUAUAACAGUAGAAGUAAAAAUAUGGAAUUGACAGAAUGACUUAUUUGAAUGUAUUUUUAAAUAGACAGUAAAAAUUUAUACCUUCAUUUUAAAUUAAAAUAGAAGUUUACACGAUAACAAGGCACUUCAAGGUGAAUGAUAAAUCUACAAUUGCGUUUUUAUUCCAGGCAGCAGAUUUGAAGCUUUUAUUAUAAAUUGCAAUUCUGGAUUUAUAUUACUAAACAAAGUGGCCAUAUAAUUAAUAUAUAAGCGUGGCCCUGGCAUUCCCCUCCUACCUUUCUUACUUAGUUUACUUUAGUCCUUGUAAGUUUGCAUUGAAGAUAAAUAUAUGGAAUAAAAGUGUUUAGUAAAAUUUAU